AUGCCAGUUAUCGGCAUUUCUCUCCUCACGAGCUGCCACGCUGACAGCUCGAGAGGAGAGGAGAGCCGGGCACUGAUGAUCAGUGUGCCCUGAUGAUCUGUGUAGCCCCAGCGGUGCCACCUGUCAGUGUCCAUCAGUGCCAGCUGUCAGUGCUAAUCCAUACCACCUGCCAGUGCCCAUCAGUGCCACAUCAAUGCCACAUAUCAGUGCCUAUCAGUGCACAUCAAUGCCACAUAUCAGAGCUGCCUUUCAGUGUCACCCAUCAGUGCCACCUAUCAAUGCCAGUCAGUGCCACCUAUCAGUGCUGCCAAUCAGUGCCGCCUAUUAGUGCCGCCUAUCAGUGCCAGCUAUCAUUG